UGUGUUUUGUUUCCCUUCACAGGAGCUGCCGAUACAAAGGCCUGGGGAGAAAUCUCAAGCCACCUGUGACAUCAAGAUCAAGAUCAGCCACUGCAAUCAGCUGUUUUGGGCAGUGAAAAUCUUGUCUCCUCUAUUUUUUGCCCUUUUUCUCCUCCCGCGGAAGCCCAACUCCCAGCCCACACAGCCACACAGGAAGUACGCAGCCCAGAAGUGGCACCAUGACCUCCUAUUUUGAUGAGCACAACUGCCAGCCUGUCGCACCUGCUGAGCCCCGCAAUGAUUUUCUGCACAUAGCUCGCUUACUGAGGCAGGCUGGCUACUCCGAGAUGACUGUUGAGGGCAUCGUGGUGGAAAUAUCACAAAUAUUCGGGUCGGAUGAGUCGCCCCCACCGCCAGCCUCCAAGGAGUUUGUGAAGGACCUGCCCACCGUCACCAUGGAGAAAAAGGCAGGCAGUCAGUGUGCAGUGUGUCUGAAGGAGUGGGAGGCGGAGGAGGAGGGGAAACGGCUGCCCUGCUCCCACAUCUUCCACCCACCCUGCAUCCUGCCCUGGCUUGCCCACACCAACUCCUGCCCACUCUGCCGCCUUGAGAUGCCCACUGAUGACCCAGACUAUGAGGAAUACAGGAAGGAGAAGAAAAGGGCCAAGGAGAGAGAGGCUGAACUUGAGAUUCUCCACCACUCCAUGUUCUCCUAGCAAGAGAGAGAGAGAGAGAGAGAGAGAGAGAGUUCUUA